AUGGAAACCCUAGAUCCACAUAACGAUCUUGAGUCUCCCGUAAACUCCGAUCUCUCACGCGUUGUAAGCAAUGAUUCCUCUGAGGCUGCGGAAGAAGACACCCGCCGGCUACGGCUAGUGAACACCGUACAAUCGCCGCCAAGCGAUGAUGCUGAAGCCCCAUAUGUCGACAUCAUACACGUCAAAGGGUUUGACACGAAUCGACAGCUGGGUCUGGAGGAGGUCCUUGGCGAUACUGCCACCUCAAGGACUCGAGAAUUUGUUUUCCAAUGUGAUGUGCCUAGUCUCCUUCUUAAUGACAUGGUUUUUGGUGCAGCCCAAGAUCAGGCUGUGCAGUUGCUGGAUGAAAUUGUCUCCUUCAGUCAAGACAAUGAGAACGGCAAUAAGGCUGAUAGGCAGAAGACAGUCCAACCAGCUCGGAUCUUCAUUGCCUAUGAACUGGGUUCUUUAAUCGUCAACAAGGCAAUUGCUAUCGCGUCUAGAAGCGAAGAGCGAUGGCCCGGGGUCUUUUACAGUACUGUCCAGUUCAUAUAUUACGACUGCUUCUUGCGGAGACCACGUGGGCACGAUAUGGACGCACAGCUCUGGCGCGCGCUGAAGUUCAACCCUAAAUUUACCUCAUUCGCACGGUUGCUCACGCCUGCGUCCAUCUCAGCUCUCAUUGAUGUUGUAAUGAAAACGACGGAGGCUUUUCUUGGCUCUCGCAUCACAUUGCGUACGCGUGUUAUUAGUAUCUAUCGCGGAGGGGCUUCUGAGGAGACGGACGAUGAUACAGAUGAAGAAACAGAUGACGAAACAGAUGACGAAACAGAUGACGAAACAGAUGAGGAUUCACAGGAGGAACCCGAAGAGGGAUCAAGUAAAGGAUCAGAAGGGGGUUCGCAGGGGGAAGCGGACAAGGAAGAGAAAAAAGGCGACGAGGACGAGGAUGAGCAAGGGGACGAGAAGGGGCCUGAGGAAACGGAUCAAAAACCCGACUAUAUUAUGGGAACCCUGGGAGUGUCUACUGAAAUCGCCGUUGAGCUGAACACAGACGGUCAGAACAAAACCGGUUCUAGCUUGUCCGAGAUGGUGUGUUAUCGGAAACAGAACUGGGUGAACAGCCCGGAAUGGGUAGCGUUGCAACGAAUGCUCUUACCGCUGGCACAACCGCAACACCAGCACGCCGCCGAAAAGCCCGAAUCCUCCCAUCUAUUGCUGCAAAGCAAAACAUACAACGACUGGGUUCAAGGAUCAAAGUCACCUGUCUUAUACAUUCAAGGACGAAAUGAAGAGGAGUCGCGCUUGCUGGCUGAACAAGCGUUUCUCCACUGGCAGUCCCUACGGCAGGGCAAGGAGCAGUAUCACAUCCCAAUUCUCUCCUUUACCUUCUCAUCCAACGAUCCCGCACGAGCCGAUAUGUGCUCUAUGCUAUGCUCCGCCACUAUCCAGGUAUUGUCUGCGUUCGGCGAGGAAAGGGAUUAUACUGAGACUCGCUUUCGCGAUUUGCACAAAAUCCAUCGCGGUUGGACAAUCCAGCAUCUUCGCGGGUUCUUCUUGAGCCUUGUAUGUGCAGACCUCGCGACUGGUGGACUCCUGGUUCUGCACGACGUGGACGAGUGCGACUUAGCAAGCCGCAACGAAUUUUGGGACUUACUCCAACGCCGUGCUGAGCUGUCUGACGCAUACGCCAGAGUCAUUGUGACUUCCCGUCGCAGACUGACGUUGUUAGCGGACUCGGAUGCAACCAGCAUGUGGUAUGUGUACGAUCACGCUGAGGAUAGAUCGAAAGAAGCGACCCCAGCACCACCAUGUCCGUACCCCGCCCGCAUGAUCUCCCGGCUUUGCCCCGGUGGCUAUGGUAAAUCCCAAAUCAGUAAGGCUUUGCGGUCUCUAAAGUCAAUGGAUGAAACCACCUUAGACCGGAUUGUCCGCCUCAUUGAGACCCAUACGAACUGGCCCAACAGUCCGUCCUUCCAUUCUUGGACGGAGUUCUCCACGCUUCUAACUCAGGUUCAACCAUUGAGUACGCCAGCCUCUGUUCUGGACGGGAUACUCCGCUCGAUUUCAGAUCAGAUAGGACUACGAUGGGUUCUUCAAUGGCUCCUAUACGGCCACCGGCCUUUUAGUGGUACUGAGCUCGCCUGCGUUCUGCACUACUGUAAACGAAGCGGUGAUGAUCAACCAUUUUCGAGCCCAACCCCGGACGAGAUGGAGAAGUCCCGUCAACUCCUCAAGUCGUGGUUGCCAGCUUUGGUCCAUUUUGGUGGUGACCAAGUUUGCGUUCGAAAGCCAAUACGGGACAUUCUACUGGAAGAGGACCCGGAUUACGUGUGGAAUGAGAUCGGACCAGUCGUCCAUCAGACAAUGCUUGACUUUCUAGCUGAAUACCUUGCAUCCUCGGAAGUUCGUGACCAUCUGAUUGAGCUAUACGAUCGGUAUGUCUCGCAGGGUUACGCUGAAGUCGACCGCCUCGCGCCUUCCCUGCAGCCUGACGGCGACGACUUUGUUUAUUAUGCGAUAACAGCAUUUCCAUAUCACCUGCAGAAAGCGCCAUCUGCUUGGAAGCGAUUGGCGGACAUAUUUAACAUCGCGGAGGAUCGCCUCGUACCUUGGGCGAGGAUGUACUGGGCAAUGAGCAAUCCGUUUUCGCGUCCGCCAGUGCAAAAGGCAGACUCGCCGCUCUCUCUACUUCUCAACACGGGAAGUCUCGACCCGGAGUCUCGCAAAUCGUUGAAGAGGUUCAUGACUUCUGCAGACUUUCUAACUAAAUCGGCUUCUGAUGACUUUACCCCCCUGAACGUUCUAGAUCGUGCAAUGUCGAAUGCUGAUGAGAAGGCUUCUUUGAAGUAUAUCCAGCGUAUUGUGGGAACGAACACUAGUAAGCUGGAAAGCGCUAAAGAAACCAUUACACCAAUACAAGUCGCACUAGGCGACGAUCCUUGGCCUUCCAAGAUGCUGUGGAGGGCUGCAUGGCUCAACAUGGAACAGUUGGUCGAUUAUCUGCUAGACUCUGUUGGCGUCUCACCGGAUACAAAAGGAGUGGUCUCGCAGCGCUAUCAGUCUCCAUUGGUCCUGGCCUCGGCUCACGGUUAUACUCGCAUCGUCCAGCCACUGCUCAAAGCUGGAGCUGAUCCUCAUGCUCAUCUCAACGACAGCAAUACUCUAUUUGUUGCUGCUGGUAAUGGACAUGUCGAUGUCCUCCGAGUCCUGGCAGACCACGAUCAAACCCUUAUAGAUACCGAGACACCUAAUUCACGUCUUUACGAGGCGUCAUACCGCGGAAACUGGCUAGCAGUGAAGGCGCUCCUUGACCUAGGUGUCCCCUCUGACUUUGUCCCCGGCCCAAACAGCGGAUGGGCUCCCAUCGUCGCUGCAGCGGAUUCAGGAUACGCUCGGACUGUCCGUGCUCUGCUAGAAGGUGGUGUGGAUCCAAAUAUAUGCGGCCCUGGUGAGAGAGGCACUGCGCUCUGGUGGGCUGCUAUAUCAGGUCAAAGCAUAGAGUGCGUUCGGGCUCUUCUGGAACACGGCGCAGAUCCGAACCAUGAGCUCCUGAAGCCUCCCUUGGUAGUGGAAAUAUGCAUGUCGUCGGACCUCAGCUCAGACUAUAAAACAACUCUCCUGGAAGUUCUUCUCAACAGCCCGGCGCCGUUGGAUCUCGACAAGACGGACUCGCAUGGAUCGACGGGAUUAAUCUGGGCUUCUAGCAGCGGGUUUACGCCUGUGGUGCAAUGGUUGCUCGAGCACAACGUCAGCGUGGAUUCAUUAAAUGAUAGGCAGUGUGGUGCAAUACAUUAUGCUGUCGUAAACGACCGUAUAGAGGUUGUCCAGAAGCUACUGGAGCGGAAGCCCCCUCUUGAUGUCUUGACUAUCAAUGGCGAGACUCUUCUGCAGGUGUCGGUACAACAAGGCGUCGAGCUAGUCCGCAUGCUGCUAGAUGCCGGCGCGAACCCCGAGCAGGAGAACGGCAACGGCUUGACGGUGAUCAAUACGGCUGUUGUACAACAGGAGCCCGAGGUGGUCGCGCUCCUUAUUGACCGAAAGGUUGAUCUAUAUCACCGCGACCGCGCAGGCUGGUGCCCUUUUCACGACGCCGCAGGUCAUAAGCCAAAUGUGGAGAUACUCCGGAAGUUCGCAGAGGCGGGAGUCAACUUGAAAGAGACCACCACGGAAGGUCGGACGUGUCUCCACGUGGCUGCCACGUUUCCCCAACCCGACAUCAUAGGGCUCCUACUAGAAUACCGUGGUGGGUUGGAUAUAGAUCAAUGCGACGACGAAGGGGAAACUCCGCUCAUGGAAGCCGCAGCUAGUGGUAAUGUCGAAUGCAUGCGCCGUCUCAUACGGGCAGGCGCCAAUAUUAAUGCCCAGUCCACAAUUGGCUGGACACCAUUGAUGAUUGCAGUGACCUCUUCGAAGGCCACGGCUGCCGUCACAUACCUUUUGUCGCAACCUGGGAUUGAUGAAACAGUCUCCUCCAGAAAGAGAGGAACAGCCCUCCAUAUAGCCUGCUCGGAACUCGAAAUCGAGGCAGUGAAGAUGCUCCUCGAUCGUGGCGCAGAUGUUAAUCUACUGCGACCGGGCGACAGACCGACUCCUCUCAUGGCAGCGUGCAUGCCGUUGAACAUGCACAACGAGGAGACCCGUGACGAGUACGUCGACCUAAUUGACAGGCUAGUUCGCCUGUUGGUGGACCGCGGCGCAGACCUGCACGGCACCUACAGGUCUAAAACUUCCACCGUACUGUGUGCUGCUGCUAUGACCGCUGCCUCCCGUACAAUCAACUAUCUGGUCAGCAAGGGUCUUUCUCUCAAACAGCCAAACUGCCUCAAUCGCUUGCCCAUCCAUUAUGCCGCCACCAACGGUCGAGAGAACUUCGACGUGGUCUUCCAGACCGACGGUGAUCUGGUAUCCACCGACAUUGCAGGGAAGAAUGCCCUCCACUGGGCCGCUCAGUUUGGCCACGUACAGACUGUCGAGUCGAUUCUGGCCCAUGCUCGCACACCAGAAGAACGACGGAAUCGCAUCAACGAGCCCGACGUGGACGGGUGGACGGCUCUCUGCUGGGCGCUUCGCCCGAUCACGAUUACAAAUGCCGGUGAAUUCUCUGAGCCCUACGAUCCUGUGCAGACCGUGCGGGUCUUGAUUGAGGGCGGAGCUGACAUGGCUGUAUCGUGCCACAUGGGCGGGGAGGACGAGACGUUUACCGUACUGGAACUGGCGAAGCUUCACAAUGUAUCGGACGAAAUCAUGGCAUGUCUAAUUGGGACAAAGCCAAAGAGAGAAGCCCUGCAGAACGGUGAUGAUGGUGGCGAGGGCGAUGGUGAUGGCGAUGACGAUGAAGAUGGAAACGCCAACGACGCUACCACCACGCGCUCCAUCCGACCGUACAAAGUGCAGGACUACGGGUGUUAUAUCUGCCUCAAUACAAUCUGGGGCCCCGUAUACGAGUGCGGAACGUGCCCGGAUUUCCAAGUCUGCAAGAAAUGCUACGGGCGGAUCGAUCUCUACCACGAACACCUGAAGCAGGAAAGCGACAAUGAAGCUGGUGCGAGCGAACCCGGAGCCGAGACUGAAGCCGAACCCAAAACCGCAGCCCCGCACGUCUUCAAGGUCAUCGUCGAAGCGGAACCGGAGAUCUCGAGCGCGCAAGACGGGGUGUCCUCGUCGCCGGGCCACUCGAGGAAGGGCUCGGAGGGGGACAGUUCUGGGGUCAAUAGGCAGGAUGGGGACGCGGGCGUUGGUGAUGAUACGUUGGAGGCGAUUAUGAACUUCUCGGUUGAUGAUGAUGUUACGGAGAUUGAUGAUGGGGCGUCGCUGAGGUUUAGGAGUCCGUGA